AUGCUAGCUUUUUCCUCUUCUAAUAUUUUUCCAACUAUGAAUAGUAUUGGAUGGUCCUUUGAAGAACCACUUAGCUAUGAUGAUUACCAAAAAAAUACGACAACAAUAACUAUGCCUCAGUUCCAAACCGAUCAGACUAACAAGUUGUUUGAAGGUUUACGUGUCGAUAAUACUAUUGAUUUACCUUUAUCUCAUCAUCAUCAACAACAAUGUUUGAAAGAAAGUGAGUUUGAUGUUGAUGAAUUAGGGGUAGAAAGGUCAUUAAUGGAGAAGAAGCUAAAUCAUAAUGCAAGUGAACGUAAUAGAAGGAAGAAGAUGAAUUUUCUUUAUUCAAGUCUUCGUUCUUUGCUUCCUCCUACUAAUAAACAUCAAAAGAAAAAAUUAAGCUUUCCAGCAACAGUAUCAUAUGUACAAGAAUACAUACCAGAGUUGAAGAAAGAAAUAGAGAGGCUAAGCAAAACAAAGGAUUUGCUUUUAUCAAAGAAAUCAAAUUAUUCAUUACUCCAAAUUGAUGACAAUAAGAGAAAAUUAAUUAUGGGUGGAACUUCUUCUAAUUCUUCAACAACAUCAAUUUGUGCAAGUCAACUAAGUAAUGGACAAGUUUUGGUACAAAUUUCAAUAACUCAAGAAAAUGAUUUUCCAAUUUCACAAGUAUUUGCAAGUUUAGAGGAAGAUGGAUUAAUUUUGCUAAAUGCAUCAUCCUUUAAAUCUUUUGGAGACAAGGUUUUUCAUAGCUUGCAUUUUCAGACGCAAGGGCCAAACGAAAUGGACAUUCAGAUUUUGAAGAUAAAGCUUUUAGUAAUGUGUGAAAAAAGAAAAAAAGAAUCAUAUAUAGUUUAA